UGAUUGCGACGCUGGAAACUCGAUUCGCUUUUUUUUUAUGAUGGAAUUGUCGCCAAACAACCAGAUCGAGGACAGAAAACCCAUCCUAACCGCCGACGGCCUGGUGCAGACAUCGAACUCCCCCUUCGAGCCGACCAUAUCGCAGGAGACGCAGACGUCCAACGGAAUCGGCGGUCAGUGCCAGUUGACGGUGGACCAGUUGGACAUUGAGAUUCUGCCGAUAAUCUACGACAUUGUGCGCUGCGUGGAAAAGGAUCCGUUGGAGAACGCCGUAAAGCUGCGCGAGUCCCAGGAUUGCAACCACAAGAUCUUUGAGCUGCAGAAACGAUUUGAGUCCGCCCGCGAGCAGAUCCGCCAGCUGCCCGGCAUCGAUUUUAACAAGGAGGAGCAGCAACAGCGAUUGGAACUACUGCGCAAUCAGCUGAAGCUCAAGCAGCAGCUGAUCCGCAAGUACAAGGACACGGAGUUCUAG